AGAUUUUAAAUUCAUCUCCGUGGGCCUCGCAUGUAUGGUACAGCCUGCAUAACGACCCUUCGACAUAUGGCACUGCGAUGAACAAAAUGCAGAGACAAAGUCGGCGUAGCUCGGAGGUGGAGGUUGCGCUUAUGCGCCCUGUAAGCACAGCUGGCUAAUAGCCUCGGAGCCCGUCCCCGACACCCUGCAGCCACACCAGAUUAGCAGUUGGCGUGACAUGGAUGUGAGCUUCACGAACGUGUUAGAGGGGGCUCGCCAGUACUUCCAGGGACUGCCCGUACCGAGUACAGGUGGUGGCGCGGCCACGUCAGUGGAUCUUCACGCAACAUCCUCCACGAAUUCCGCCUCGUCCACAUCGACGACAACGCACGAUCACGAUGCGUCUCAGCCGACCCAGUCAAACUCGACUUCCGUCAACAGCAGCAACGGUAGCAGUGUCCAGGAAUCGAAUCGUUAUCCCAUUGACGUCAGACCGUCAUUGUCGGUGGAGAGCAGCAAUGCUGCUUCCGGUUCUAGUUUCUGGAAUCCGCACGUGGAACCUUAUCCACCGCAGCCGACCAAGGUUGAAGUCUCGGACACGAGACCAGGCGAUGAAAGCUCCGCCAUGGAACCCAGUUCCUCCUCCUCGGGCACCGUUACUUUAACCGAAAUGCAACCUUCUAAUCACCAGUCCUCUUCCUCUUCAUCCGCCGUCGUCUCUAUCGUCGGAUCGUCAACGAAUUUCUCGCAGAGAUCACCACCAGCAUCGUCAUCGUCUUCGUCGUCCACCCCGUCCUCCAGCGAUCACAAUCAUCACCACCAGUUACAUACUUCGACCUCAAACGUGUCGUCACAUUUGCAUCAGAUGCAACCACCUCAGCCACCACAUUCCCCGGGACCGGUGUAUCAGCAACUCAACAGCGUAAGCAGGUCAUCUUUCAACACGGCGGAGAUGCUUGCCUCUUCUUCGUCACACUCCGUUUCGACUUAUCAGACCGCGAGCAAUAACGAUCGGCCAUCGCAGCCAAUCGUCGUGCAGAGGGCUCAAUAUUAUCCGCGUUAUCAUCACCCGGAUAUCACGAAAUGCGCACCGGCUCCAUACUCGCAGAGUUCCAUUUAUCAGUCCGCUAAUGUAGCGCAGCCUUCAAGCACGGUUCAACAACCGAGCACGAGGCCGACACCGAUGGAGCAGAACAACGCGUCGCCGUCCGGAAUCGUCGCUCAAGGACACUGUCCGCCGGAACAGCAACGAGUACCCGGUACUUACGGCAGCAAUGUACCGUCCGUUCAGAAUCCUCUCGGCGGAUCUACUGUAUACGGAUCUGGCUCCUCUUCCUCCUCCUCUUCCUCUCAGAAUUAUCGUUCCGCGAGUCAAUAUCAACAACAGGCCCAUCGUCUGGCGACCGCUUCCGCUUCGAGUCUCAAUGACAGAUCGCAUAGCUUGGAUGGACCGCACUCUUCCACCGUUCCUUUCUCCUCGUCGUCGACGGUCAGCCCGCGUCAGCCCGCUGCAAUCAAUUCCUCCUCUAGUUACAUUCCUUCACAGUCGCAGUCGCAAAAUCUUUCGGGGCACAUUCCGUCGCCGUCCGCUGCCUCCUCGGUGCACCAUCAACAACAACAGCAGCAGCAAUCGUCGCCUCUGCAGCAGCAACAUCCUAGUCGUAUAAACGUGUCGCCACAUUCGCACGGUUCCUCAUACGGAAGUCGCGUGCUACCGCUACCCACGCACGGUGUUUCAACAUCGACCUCUUCCGCCGCAGCAGCAAACCACUCGCAGCAGCAUAUGCCACCACCAUCGAGCGGCUACCAUGCGGGAACAACGCCGUCGCCGCAUCACGAGAUGCCGUCGCAUCACGCAACUCCGUCGCCGCAUCACGCAACUCCGUCGCCGCAGCGGCAAUCGCCUCACGUAUCCAAUCUACACAACCCGCAUGCAUCUCCAUCUCCUCAUCAUACACCUUCUCCACACAACAGCUUUCAGCCACACUCGCCGACCUACCCGCCGCCGCCACCGCCGGUUUCGUCGAGGUCGACGCCACACUCGUACAACUUGCCAUCGGCCACCUCUCAACAUUAUCAGACGAAUUACGUAACGGCAGCUCGUGACACGGCGAUGGCGUUGCCUUACGCACCGCCGCCAUCGUCCCAAUCUUCGUACCAUUCCUUCCAGAAGAGCUCACAAUCGGAGUCUCAAGGGAGUAAUUAUUAUUCUCAAUCCGGCCGAUCUCACAGUCAAUCGUACGGUAUGCAGCAGAUGCUGGUGCCGCCGCAGACAGUAUUUUCCGGCACACCUAGUACCAACAAUAUGAGUAGCUAUCAGCAGAGCAGCAGCAAGCAUGCCACAUACAAUGGUGCGGAAAUGACAAAGAGGAGUGCGAUAGACGUUGCAACGCCCUAUGCUACGCAUCGUUCAUCUGCGCAAAGGAACAGCAACACGCACAAUCUGCCACCCAUUGCCGCUCUUUCAUCCUAUCAUUCCAACAGGCGAGAAUUUUUGGAAAAAUCAGCGCAAUCAAUGGUGCAACGACAACGAAUACAUUCGACGAACGUUAACAGCAAAGUGGCGCCUGCCGCAAUACCACCAACGACACCCUCGUCGAUGGCAAUGCCCGCGCAGAGACUCACUGAAUAUCCGAUGACUCCGGCCUCGGUAAUGAAUCACGCUUUACCAGUGAAUGGCAGAACAACCACCGUGACGAAUAUGACUCGAUACAGCAACCAACAAGGCUAUCUCUCGUCGUCGUACGCCACUACGCUUGCGCCUAGUCAUCAUGGCAGCAACUCCACCAGCAGCACCACAGUGACUUCUAUUAGUCACGAUGGUAUUGGCAGCGCGAGGUCUUCCGUUUCAACAAUCCACGCGUAUCAGUCUUCCGACGAGUCGGAUCAAGCGACUGGAUCGUCGUCUCAUCAUCAUCAUCAACAUCAUCAACAUCAUCAUCAUCAUCAGCCGCCAACGCGAAUAACAACCGAAAAUUAUGGUUACAAAGAAUAUCCUCCUUAUCAAAACCCGGCGUCGUCUAGCGGUCAAACUGUCCCGGCCGCUGCUAUGGCGAGUUCUCCAUCACCGAGCAACGCAGUCCGGAAGAGAGAGUCCCCUUUGGAUCUAUCUGUAAAGACAGUUAAGACAUCGGCCGAUUCCACGGCGCAGGACGAUCUCGAAGCCACUAGCACCGACAAACAUGUCAGUAGCUCGAGUUUAAGUACCACCAGGAGCAACAUGAAUAGACCGAUGCCACCUCCUCCACCUGUUGUGCAUCAGUCGACACCAGCUCAGCCGUCAUAUCCUUCGUCGUACGACUCUAGACCUUCGAGUAAUAGUUCGAGGAAUCCCAUGCCCGUGACCUGUAUUCGCGCAUCGACACCACAGACAGUGUGUGCACCUAAGGUUGAUUUCCUGCCAGACUUCAACUCGGCGCCACUACGCCAUCAAUCGCACCACGAGAAUCCUCUUCGUAGGAGUACCACGCAGUUAUACGUUCCGCCCGCUCAGCCUCUCUCGUCCCAUCAUGCGAACAAUACGGCAUCACUGCCUCAUAUGUCCACGUUCAAGAAACGUCCACUGCCCACGUCACUAUAUGACGGUCUGACGAUACCGCCGCCUUCAUCAUCGUCGUCCGCUUCGUCUGCAUCGUAUCUCCAAACGAAUGAUUCCAUGUCCUCGAGAUUCUCCAAAUAUUCCCCGAUGAUGGACCCGUCGUCACGGGUCGGUCCGCCUACACUGCCUACGCAGGAUUACACACCCAACCCCAACAAGUAUUAUUUAGGCGAUAACAAGGCCAAAUUCGAUCAACAAUUCUCUCAGCGUGAGCGCAUGCCAUUCAAAAGGGCCGGAGAAGCAAUUUAUGGCAUAGGAAGUCCCAGCAAGCAGCCUAGGGUCUCUUGGCGAGUACCGAGUACCGACAAACAGAUCGCUGAACCGAAGCUGUCGACUGCAAAUGCGUUGAACGAACAGCGGAAACGGCAGGAAAUGAAUUUGCCAGUUCCUUUACCGAACGGAACUCUAGUGACACCCGGCGUUUACGAUCAGAGACCCGACAGCGGCGGCUAUCCCGCGCCGGAAUCGUCUAGAUAUCAGCCGGCUUACUGUGAUAAAAAGACCUAUCCGGAGUCCAAAAUUGUGCGGAGCUCACCCUCGUCGUACAAUCACCAGGUAAUUUCGAAACCUAACGCGAACGUGCACGUCUUACCGCAGCAGUUAAGCGGCGCUCAACCGAUCUACUCGAGUUACCGUCAGGCAGCUCAGAAGACGACAUGUUCUCUGAGCGUGACGUCCGGCCAGCCGAUAGAUCAACCUAGCAAUACUGGCGCUGACAAAAGAGUGUUAAGUUUGCUGAGGAACAGUCUGGAGAACAAACAGCAGAGGGAUGAACAGCUCAACAGCCAGCAGCCUAUUUUGGUUAACCACAGUCAGCAAAGCUUCCAGAAUAAGGUUGUCGCACCAGUCGAACCUAAAACGAACAUCGGCAGACACAAUCUGUCACCAUUCACGGCGGCGAGUCUGCUGGAGCGCAACAGUAAUACACCGCCGCAUUACAAACUCCACGUUCCGCGAGCAGUAGACUCGAUUACUCAGGAGGCACCGCGCAGCAUGUACGCCUCGAGGGUGAAUGCAUCCGCCACGUUACCUGGCAAAGAGGCUUCUCUCGUGGGACCUCGCGGCGCCGAGAAUCAGAUUCAUCGUGACAAGGAUGACGGCCUCGCCGCCAUCUUAGCCGCGAAAAUUAGGACGAAGGCCGAACUCAAACAAGUUGGGACCGGGCAGUUUACAACGAAAGCACCUCAAGAUAUGUCGUCUACACCGAAAGAAAUCGAUAAUGCGGCCUCGACGUCGACACCACCGCAAUCCGGUUCGUCUGCGGGCAGCCCGCCGAAAUUAACGCGCGAGAAAACGGUCUGCUUGCCGCCCAGAAGACGCUUGUUCUCGAGAACCGAUGACGACAACAUGCCCGUAGCUGCUACCGUGCCCGCCGUCGUCACAAUCGCAUCCACGGUACCGACUAGAGCGAGCGGAUGCAGAAGUUCGUCCGAAACGUCGGUCUUCGACUUCCGCGAGAGCGAUUCCGAAGGCGAGAUGCCGGUUCUCGAGCGGCAAACUUUAGAGGAGAUGAGGAGGGACAGGAAACAGUUAUCCAAAGUGCAACCCCCGAUUCCCCUCAAUGAUGCGGUGUGUAUGAAUAUGGCGUCCUCGACAGAUCUCGUGAAGAUAGAACUGAAGGAAAACGACAAAAUCAAUGACAUGGAUCCAUUUUGGAGUACCGCUUGUGAUAAGUUUAUAGAACAAUUACGCGCUGGUGACGUCGCGAAAAAACGAGGACGCAGGAAAAAGUUGGGUGAUACCACGACAUCGAAGCUUGAGGACGCAACUAACGAUAGCGAUAAGGAAUCAGAUACCAACGCACCGCAAUCUUGCAAGUCCGAAGAUAUUAAGGAAUCGCUAGAAACUAAUAAAGAAGACAAAAACUCGAUCCUGAAGGACAUCAAGAUCAAGACAGAACCUGGACUGAAGGACGACGAUAAACACUCAAACGAUGAUUCGGACGAAGUACCGCUAAUUAAGAGAAAAAAGCAGGAGGUGAAGAAGGAAGAUAGUGAUUGCGACGAGGAAGUGAUAUGCCAGAGGAGACGAAUUCGUCGUGGCAGUAGGAUUAAGCUUGAAUCCUCCAGCGGUAGUGAAUCCUCGAGCGAGGAUACCGAUGCCAGUACUGAGUUUCAUGGUUCUUCGGUGGCUGACAGACUUCGGGCCAGGAAACGAUCUACGGCUAAUGUGUCCGAAGGUAUGAAGCUUCGUUCAAGGGAUGCUACUCCUCAUAAGGUGAAGACAGAGAAGGAGUCCAAAUUGUCCACUCCUCCUAAAGGUGGAACCUCGCAAAAAGCAAAACCAAAACCGUUGUUUGGCGAUGGCAGUGAUUUCAGGCCCGGGUGGGAAGAAGAGGUUUACGUGUAUAAAAAAUCUCUGAGAAUGCCACCUAGGUUAAUAACAGUGUCGAAGCCGUCGCGUUUUCACCGUCUGUCCACAUCGUUGCCAGAUUUGGAUCCCGGUUCGCCAGCACUUUCCGUCUCAAUGGAUAGUUCCGACGUGUGUCUCAGUCGUAAUAAGAGGUUAAUAAUAGAUAGCGACAUGGAAUCCAACUACAGCUUCAGCAUCACUGGACUCGGUAGCAAAAUUGAUGACGAAGAGGCGACUUCGUCAACCACCGUUUCUUGUCCCCCGAAGGCUAUGAAACAUUUCCGAUCGGAGAACAAUUCCAUUGUCGACGUUCUCGCGCAAAAAGUCGGAAGUGGUGGCAGUCAGAAGGACUUGAAGAAGAAGCAGAACUCGAAGGGUAGUAAGGUUUUUAAUAAGAACAGUAACGAGCCAGAACUUUUGCCGACGCCGAGUCUCACACCGCUUGUCUCAUCCGAGACAUCAAAGAAUUCUAAAAACAAGAUCUUAAUGAAAAAUAAUAAAAACCCGAUUAAAGUAGCUAACUCUGUUCUUCUUGGUUAUUUCCGCAAAGAGACGGUCAAUAAUUUCCGCGACGCGUUCAAAAACAAUCAUACGCUACCCAACGAGUUCUCUACUAUAGUAUUGAAAAGCAGAACAAGAACGGAGACAAAGAUCUUGAAAAAGGAAGCGACUAUUCGUGAGGUGUUUGGUGAGGAUAGGCCCGCGUCAGCCCCGCCGAUGCAAAAUCAUGACGAUACAUCUCAAGACGACGAUUCGCAAAACGAGACGCCGGAAGCUGUGUUGGGCAAAGUACGAACGUUGAAGCAGAAAGUAGUGUCCCGUUUGAGAAACGCCGGGAUAUUACGAAGCCACAAGGCGAUUGCGAACUCGAAACGUCGCCUGUUAACCGCCGAGAGGCGGAAGGAUUUGCUCAAGUCGCUUGCGAAUAAAAAGCUACAUCGUAUCAAGACUGAGAUAGAACAGGAAGAGACGAAUGACGUUAGGGAAGAGGAGAAUAAUGACGAAGAUGAUAAGAACGAUUUGGAGAUUCGUAAUAAAAAGAAGUUGAAACUCCGACCUGGUCGACGAAAAUUCAGCUCUGGAUUUGACUACAUCCGUAAGAAGAAGAAACCGCUAAAGAGAGACGAAGCAUUGCCGAAGGAAAGGAAAAGACAAAGCCAAGCUAACAAACCAAGUCCGGAAUGCGUAGCCGAUAUUCAAUCUGAAAUCAGGACAUGGGUUAUCAAAAAAGGCGUCGGGGAAACCAUAUUACACCGCGCUGCCCGUCUUGGUUACACGGAUGUGACUGCUUAUUGUCUGGAGAAGCUCAAUAGUGCGCCAAGUCCUAAAGACAAUGCGGGAUACACGCCACUCCAUGAGGCAUGUUCCAAAGGUCAUCUGGAGAUCGCGAAACUCUUGUUGGCUUACGGCGCAAACGUUAGCGAGAGUGCUAACGGUGGUAUCAGACCGCUUCACGAAGCAGCGGAAAAUGGUGUUACGGAACUUGUACGGUUGCUGCUGUCGUAUGGUGCAGAUCCAUUAUUGGCUACUUAUUCCGGACAAACGCCGUUGAUGUUGGCCGUUGACACCGAAGCUAACUCUAUUCUAGAACAGCACUUGGAUGAUAUCCAAGGUCGUGUCACUGUGCCAUGGUCAUUCGCUGGUCCAGCUUCUAUUUUCGAUCCGGAAGAGACGGGUUAUAAUCCGCUCGAUGACGUUCCAUCGGAUAAUCUCGAGUCAGUUGAACUAAAUGAUGUCGAAAUGGAAGUAAGCGACAUCAAUCUACCGGUCCUCUUCACCCUGAACAACGAUCCCGACAAAUGGGUGCUGCUUCAAGAUCUCAUGGCGAUUUUGCGAAUAAAGAGUCGCGACGCUCUUCUCCGUCAAAUUAAUCCAAAGGCCCACUCCGGGCCGCCUGCAAUUGCGCAUCGCGACGUCAUGCGCGAACUAAAGCUGCCGGAUUUCCUGGAGCAGACACGUUGUUGUCAUCUAUUAAGCGGUGGCGAAAGAAUCAAUGUGCGUGGUUCCAAAGUCACGCUCAUCAAAUACAACGACAAGGUGAAGUCCCUGCUAAACGUGGAAAAGGUGUUGAUUAAUCUCAGGUGACAGGAGGCAUCUCUGGGGCAAUCAUCUCCCCAGAUAUCAAAACCAUCGACCUCGAUUCUGACCAAGGAACAUCAUAAGAAAGUCGAAGGUAAAGGUAGCACCACAACUGCUAGCGUAAAACGCCAACGACAACAGGGAAGGAAGCGACAAGAGACACGUAAUAAAAAUUCUAAUGGUUAAUUCUAUAGUAACUGAUGUACCCAAACUGAACAAUAAUUGUGAAAGUUGUGACUCGAGAGCUAAGGGUUCCUCUUGAAUGUGGAUAUUACAAAGAGCAGAAAAUUCUAAUAAAGAACUUAGAUGUGUUAAGAAAAAGAAGAAGUGCAAGUUCCUGCAAUAUGUCGCAAGAAUCUUACAAUAAUGAUUGGUGGUUUUACGCAUGUCUAAAAAAAUCCUUUAUUUCUUCUCGGUUUAUCUUACGCUUUAAACUGAUCGAUACUCAUAAUUGAUUUUCUUUUCUCGAUUUGUAUUUUAUAAUAUACAAUAUAAUGAAAUGGAACUUGAGUAAAGUAAUAGAAAACAUAUAUAACGGUUCCGUUUCUGGUUUCGAGCGUCAACUAAUGGAUUUGUCGAUCAAACACUCCUGUUAAUGUCUUUUGCGCGAUAUAGAAUAAGAAGGUGACCGGUUAUUUGGCCGAAAGUAUGAUGCGAAAUCAUAAAUUUCGAAGCAUAUAAUCAUUGCAAAUAUGAUAAAUGGAACGAUCUAAUAUCUAAUGCGCAGCUAAUAAUAUGGAGAUAACGAAAACAGCUACCUGUGACAUUAUAUAACAGUAUUUAAUUGGGAUAUACGUAAUAUACGCAUAUAUCCAUAGAACGAGGAUAUUUUAUUAAUUUUCUUAAGGACUGAUUAAAUAAUCAGAAGUUUGUUAAUGUAAUGCUUUUAGGCGAAUAAAAAAAAGAGGGAAAUGUUCUUUAAGUGAUGAUGACAGUGGACAAAUGAAAAAAGUCUUUUUAAAGAGCUUUUUUUCGAAUGUCGAACCAAGAGAGAGUCUCGCGGAAUAGUAAUAAUAUAAAAUAAUGAUAUAAUGUAAAUAAUAAUAAAUUAUCUUAGGAAUGCGCAAAAAUACACAUAGCUGUGUCGUACCAGAUAUAUUUUUAUCUUGCACAUGGCUUUAGGAAGUUCUCUUUUUUUAAAGGACGACUUCACCCAGAGAUUUGUGGAAUCGGAACAUUUGCUAACGCGCUUGUGUGCGUUGGUUUUUCCUUUUGAGUUACAAUUAUAGAACGCAUUGUUAGAUAACGAGGAUGAAAAUUAAAAGCGUAAUAUAAUCUAAAUCGUUCUCGCAGAUGAUCACGUUACCACAUCGUAGUCUCAUUUUUGUUUUUCUUUAUGUUGUGGGAGGAUUGUAUAUGUCGUGCGUUAUAUUUAUGCAAUGUGUUAAUUGAUCAUUGGGAAUAGGUGCUUGAAAAAUUGAAUUGAGUUGCAAUUUAUUGCAUCCAGAAUUAAUAUUUCAUCCGUUGAAGAGACAAGUUGAUACUGUCACACAUGAAAGUGCGUAUAUCUUGUCAUAUCUAGUUCUAUUUUUAGUUUCAAUCUUUAAUUUCUAUAAGAAGCUAUUCGUUUUUUUCGUAUAGUUCCAGUAUAGCAAUUAAUUAUAAUUCGAAUGAAAGAUGGACUCAGCGGGUAUUAAUGGCUCAAUUCUUACGAUAUGGGAAGUGCAAUUCGCGAAAUAACGUUUUCGUUUUUGUUAAUUGCCUAGGUGCAUUGAUCAUACAUUGUUUCUAGAAGUGUAGAGAAGAUCUAGGAAAUUAUUUCGAGAGUUUAUAUCUCUCUCGGCCGAAUGUCGUCGAGCAACGCUCACUGUGCAAUAAUGUAUUUUCUUUUUUACAUUUUGUCUUCGAGUCACUUCGGUUUUCGCGAUGUGUCGGGAUAAUAUUAAUGCAUCGUAUCGGCGAUUCCAGAUACUCGCUAAGAAAACAACUCUAAAAUAGAAAAAAGAAUUUCUUGUAGAGUAAUAUCCACGAGAGGAUGCAAUUAAAUAUAAUAAAAUACAAUGAAUCACGAGAAGGCUCAAAUUGAAGAUAUUUAAUAAUAAUAAAGUCGCAUAUUUUUUAUCGUGAAAUAUGAAAUAUGAAUCAGAAAUAUGAAAUUCGGAGACAAUUUGUAAAGAGAGAUAAGAUAGCGAGUUUCGAUCACCGAAACGACGCUGUGUUCGAUCGAAGCAAUUUAGGAGGCGUAUUUCAGGGGGAGGUGUGUUAUUUUAAAUCUUGACAGAACCAGAGUUCGAUCAAUUGUACUUAUCGUCUCGUGAUGUUCCUGUAUGUUAAUCUUAAAGGAGAAAACGAACACAUUUAGUAUAUGCGGACGUUACGGGACGGGAUGCGAAGGAGAAGAGGCGCGGAAUAGCUUGGUUUGUAAUGCUUAAGAUAUACCGUAAUACGCCUUUUUUUUGGCGCCGCAUAGCACAAAGGUUUCAAACGUUAUAAUCAGUCUCAGGGAAAAAUCCACGUGUAUUCUUGAAAAAUAACUCGACGGUGUACCGAUCACAGGCAACGUAUUCGUAUAUACGAACGCAACGCACCACUGUGUGUACAGUAGUUAGCUGAAAAGAAAGAUUCGCUCGUUACGCGAGAGACGAUUAAUUGUAAUAUCGAAUUAAUAUCGAGUGAUACUAAUUAAUGUUAAUACGAUGCAACUUCGCACGAUGCGAUCUGCGUACGCUCAGGCGGCUUCUUAUAAUUUUAUUUAGCUGACGCGAAUGAACAGAGAGGUGCAGUUAUACUACCAAUUGUACAUACACAUACUGACAUAUUUUCAGUAAAGAGAACUGCAAAAACGAAAAUAGAAAUAUAAAAAAGGAGCGAAAUGCGGAAGACAUUUCUCUUUACAUUUCUCUUUAAUGAUAGGAAACAAUGGUGUACGUAUUGUGUAUAUAUAUAUACACAUGUAUCUUUUAUUCUUAAGUAGUUAAAACGUAAGAUGUAGGCCACAAUAUUUGUUUAUAUUAGUGCAUAUUAUUUGUGUAUAAUGUAAAGCAUUAACUGAAAUAGUCACGUUGUAUAACAUGAUAAAGUAUGUAUAUAUUCUCUCAUGUUGCGAUUACCGGAACUAUUACUACUACUGCUACUAUCACUACCGCGAAUAUCGCUACUCUAUUACUACUACUAUUACUUCAUUAUUACUAUUACUACUAUUAUUAUUACUAUUAUCAUCUACGACUACACGCUUUUUUAUUGUACUAUAUAUACAUAAGUAGUUAAUGAUGAAUGUACAUUUUCUUAGUCGUGUAACAUUCACACAACGCCUCUCCCCUGUCGUCCUUCUUGUAAUUUAUAUAUUCAAAAAACUUCUAAAUGUGUUAAAACGCUGCUGCUUUUAUGCGGAUAAAGAAACAGAAGUUAUAUAUGAAUAUAAGUAUAUAUAAAGAUGAGUAUAUAAAUAUAUAAAUAUAAAAAUAAAUAUAUAUAUACAAAUAUAUUUUAUUUCAGAGGUUUAGUUCGAAAUAACGUUGACGAACAAAUUAGAGUCUUACUGUGAUUCGUGUAAAAAGUAAUUAUCGUUAUUAUUGUCUUUACCGUAGCCGUUAUAAGCGAGUCACUUCGACGAAUGACUUUCUAAGGAAAAAAUAUUUGUGAUUUUUUUUCGCUGAUAACAAUGAGUUAUAUCCUAUCGAUGUAAUAAAAAAAAGUAUUUUUACCGAAA